AUGGCGUCGAAAGCGAAUUGUACCUUACCUGGCUUCAUGCCGAACAUGGUACCGCACGUUUCAGGCACAUCUGGGGCAAACGUAGCCAACACAAAGACUCACGUUCCAGAACCGACACUUCAAGAACAUGAUUCAACCUCUGGAACGGCUCUUCUUCACUCUUAUCCUUCUGGUGACGCUCACUCGAUUCCAGCUCCGUAUGGCAGCGCACCGCCUCACCGCGUAGAAUCCUCACCCUCACCCGUCAUGGCCCACAAUACGCCUGGACUCAGCUCUUGUAUGACAGAAAGUAACGGAGCUUCACAUGCAGGCAAGACACCGAGUGGUAGCCAACCUGCUCUUUCGCAGCAUGUGACAACUCACCCACCAGCUGGGAAGACGAUACAGGUCGCGCCGGUUCCGUCAAAAGCCUCAGACGUGAAAUUCAGUCGACUUCCGUCAAGCAAUAUUCCAAGAAAAGCACCACUGCGAGGUAAUUCAGGUCCAUCAAAAUCGCCAUCCCAAGACACAAGUCGGAAGAUUUCGAGGCCCAGACAAAAGCAGCCGAAGAGCGGACAAGAAGAGUCUACCGACACUGCAGCACCAACACAAAAGCGUCGCCAAGUCCCGACUGAAAAAUCCCAGGGCACUAAGAGACAGAGUCCGGUGGUGCUGAUUAGGGCGGGCAGGAGUGGAAAGGGGACGAAAAAAGAUGAUAAUCAAGAGAGCAGGAACGAUCAGAAAGAAGAGGGGGCGUUGAGAAAGAAGAGAAAGUGCAAUGAGAACGAGAAUGACGCCAACAGCACUACUGCAUCUGGCAAGAUAACUCAUGAAGGAAGGAAAGUAACAAAAAACUUCCUCCAAGGAACAAAAAUAGCCCGAUCAACCUACGUACCUUCAUCCCUCCUUCCAAACCGCACUAUCAGGCGACGUCCAAUGUACGACUACGACGUACCUCUCGAACUAGAAGGUAUACGUCGAGCUCUCGGUCCCGACGACUGGAACGAAUACGUCUACCUCAUGGAAUCCCUCUGGCUCAACAAAGUCACAGCCCACGAAUUCGAACAAGGCGCUAAACCGCUGUUUCAGCUUCACCUCGACGGUAUGCGCAAGAGGAUGAAUAGCGUCAUGGUGGUCAAGAUGAUAAUGCCGCGACUGGAGCAGGUACGGGAGGAGCUGAUGGCCAUGUCGAGCGGGCUGCCCCGUUGA